AUGGCAGCCAAAACUCUCCCCGAUCCUUCGCUGUGUGUCACCGCAACGGAUUUUGAAAAGGUCGCAAAGGAUGUGCUCUCGGAGAAGUCAUGGGUAUAUGUAUCGAGCUCGGCAGCAUCGGGUCUGUCAAUGAAGGCCAAUAUUGACGACUGGUCUUUGAUCAAUUUCCGGCCUCGCAUUUUGAGGAGCGUGGACAAAAUGGACACCAGAAAGUCCAUUCUCGGUUCAACCUCGCAAUUCCCUUUCUUCAUCUCAGCUAUGGGUACACUGGGUAGUUCCCAUCCAGGGGCUGAGCCUUUGCUCGUCCGGGGAGCUACUCGCAAAGGCCUGAACACCAUGAUCAGCACGGCGUCGACAAAAACAUUGGAAGAGAUCAUGGAUGCACACAUCGACGAACAACGGCUACUCAACAACCAAAGUCCGUCUAAGCUUUCAUUCCAACUUUAUGUCCCUGUUGAUCGCACAAAGGCCAAGUCCCUCAUUCAGAGGGUCAAGAAGGCCGGGUUCCAAAGCCUCUGGGUCACCGUGGAUACUUCAACGCUGGGCAAGCGAACGGCAGACCGCUAUCUUCAGGCACAAGAGAAUCUUGCAGUACCCAAGGAGACAGUCGUCAAAGCUGGUACCGGGGAAGUCAAUAUUGAGAACAGUUACGCGCCUGCAUUCGGCGGCCGACAAGUCCCCGGCUCAGUGGAUGCUGGUCUCACUUGGGAGGACUUGGACUGGAUCUCAAAGGAAUGGAAUGGACCACUUGUCCUCAAGGGAAUACAGAGUGUCGAAGAUGUCAAAAUGGCUGUUGAACGUGGUGUGCAGGGAAUUCUGUUGAGCAACCAUGGAGGUAGACAAAUCCAUUCCGCCCCGAGCUCGUUGAUGACACUCCUGGAGAUUCGUACAUACUAUCCGGACGCAUUCGACAAGCUCGAGGUAUUUGUUGAUGGUGGGCUCCGCGAUGGAGCAGAUGUCCUCAAGGCAUUAUGUCUUGGAGCAACUGCUGUAGGAGUUGGUCGGCCAUAUUACUAUGCCCUCGCGGCAUAUGGUGCUGAAGGAGUGGAAAGAUGCACAGAUAUUCUCGCCGAGGAAGUCGAAAUCACAAUGAAGAUGCUGGGGGUUUCAUCGCUCGACCAACUUCGGCCCGAGAUGAUCAACACCAGUCGACUAGAGAAUGAGAUGUGGCGGCCAGCAUUUGGAAGAGCGAAGCUGUGA